AUGAAUUCUUUUUCAUAUUUCUCAUUCUUAAGGCGUCGUGAUCGCCCUCCUUCUGCAGCUUCUGCUUCCCCACCUUCGCCACCACCCUCAAUUCCAUCAAUACUGGCGUCCGAGCCAGGGCCCUUGCCCUUGGCUCCAGCGCUCCUAGGCCUUGGUCUCGAUGAUUGUUUCGCUGAUGCAUUUGACCCCGUGAUUGGAAAUCAGUGUGACUCUACUACUGCUACCGGCGCUCCUUAUCUUUUAUCCUAUGAUCAGAUCACUAAUAUUGGCCUCGUCGAUUCACUAAUGCCCCAUUCGCUGUAUCAGCAUCACCACAAUUACAGCCAUACUUGCCAACCUCAACUUCAACCACAACAGCAGUUAGCUGCUACCGCAUCGCAGCCUACAACAGAGUCUGCUAUGUUUGUAGCUAACUCGAAUUGUCUAAUGUUGCAGGUUCCCGGGCACCAACCAUCAACUCCAGCCUUAUUCUCUCAUCCUCAGGGUCAGAAUCUGCAUCUGAAAGAUCAAUCUAGUCGGUCUUCGUUUAUAUCCGUCCCAUCAGUAACUGGAGAAAAUCUUCCAUUGGGUCGGUGCCACUUUCCUUCUAGCCAUUGUGUGAUUUCUCGUCCUAUCCUGCCAUGCACUGCUACAGCUUCGGCCAUCGUCAACAAAAACGAUGGCGGUUGCUGUAGAACCUGUACUGGAGUUUGUUGCAGUUCUGAGAGAGAAGCUAUAGCUCCUUGUUGUAAGCCAUUUAAUCAAGCAGAACUUCAUUUAAAUGUUCCUUCUGGCGGGAAUCCAAUAUCUUCUGGGCACCAU